AUGGCCUUCCAAGGCAAGAAGAGCAUCCCCCGGAUCACGAGUGACUGCCUUCUGAUCAAGGGCGGGAAGAUUGUGAAUGAGGACCAGUCGUUUUACGCUGAUCUGUACGUGGAAGAUGGUUUGAUAAAACAAAUCGGGGAAAACCUUAUUGUCCCCGGGGGCGUCAGAACAAUUGAUGCCCAUGGCCUGAUGGUCCUGCCAGGCGGCAUCGAUGUCCACACACGGCUGCAGAUGCCUGCGCUAGGCAUGACCCCGGCUGACGACUUCUUCCAGGGCACCAAGGCAGCCCUAGCGGGAGGGACCACCAUGAUAUUGGACCACGUGUUCCCGGAUGCGGGAGUGAGCCUGCUGGCGGCCUAUGAGCAGUGGCGGGAGCGGGCGGACAGCAUGGCCUGCUGUGACUACUCCCUGCACGUGGACAUUGCCCGCUGGCACGAGAGCAUCAAGGAGGAGCUGGAGGCCCUGGUCAAGGGCAAAGGCGUGAAUUCCUUCCUGGUCUUCAUGGCAUACAAGGACAGGUGUCAGUGUGCUGACGGCCAGAUGUACGAGAUUUUCAGCAUCAUCCGAGACCUGGGGGCUCUGGCACUGGUGCACGCAGAGAACGGGGACAUUGUGGAGGAGGAGCAGAAGCGGAUGUUGGAGCUUGGCAUCACUGGGCCCGAGGGCCACGUACUCAGCCACCCGGAGGAGGUGGAGGCCGAGGCUGCCUUCCGUGCUGUCACCAUUGCCAAGCAGGCCAACUGCCCCCUGUACAUCACCAAGGUGAUGAGCAAGGCUGCGGCCGACGUGGUCGCCCAGGCCAAGCGGCGAGGGGUUGUCGUGUUUGGGGAGCCCAUCACUGCCAGCCUGGGAGCCGAUGGGUCCCACUACUGGAGCAAGAACUGGGCAAAAGCUGCAGCCUUCGUCACCUCGCCUCCCAUCAGCCCAGACCCCAGCACCUCGGAGCACCUCACUGCCCUGCUGUCCAGCGGGGACCUCCAGGUGACGGGCAGUGCCCACUGCACCUUCAGCACAGCUCAGAAGGCUGUCGGCAAGGACAACUUCACGCUGAUCCCCGAGGGCACCAAUGGCGUGGAGGAGCGCAUGGCCGUGGUCUGGGAGCGAUGCGUGGCCUCAGGAAAGAUGGACGAGAACCAGUUUGUCGCAGUGACCAGCACCAACGCAGCCAAGAUCUUCCACCUGUACCCGAGGAAGGGCCGAGUGGCCGUGGGCUCAGAUGCUGACCUGGUUAUAUGGAACCCCAAGGCCACCAAGAUCAUCUCUGCCAAGACCCACAACCUGAACGUGGAGUACAACAUUUUUGAAGGCAUCGAGUGCCGAGGGGCCCCCACAGUGGUCAUCAGUCAGGGCCGGGUUGUGCUGGAGGACGGGAAACUGUUGGUCACCCCUGGGGCCGGCCGCUUCAUUCCCCGGAAGACCUUCCCCGACUUUGUCUAUAAGAGGAUAAAGGCACGGAACCGGCUCGCGGAGAUCCACGGAGUGCCACGGGGCCUCUAUGACGGGCCAGUACACGAGGCAGUCAUGCCUGCCAGGGCCACCAGCAGCACCCCAGCCCGCAUCUGCUGCCCCGGCAAGGUCUCCGUGCUCCCCGUGCGGAACCUGCACCAGUCGGGGUUCAGCCUCUCUGGGUCUCAGGCUGACGACCACAUCGCCAGACGCACAGCUCAGAAGAUCAUGGCGCCCCCUGGAGGCCGCUCCAACAUCACCUCCCUCUCCUAG